AUGGCGGCGUCAUGCUGCGGCUCGCUACUCGCCUCCUGCUGCGGUGCUCUCGCCUGCAAGGCCUGCGGCUGCGCGUGCAUCACCACGAGCCGCGCGGCGAGCGUGGCGUACAUCCUGCUGCUGUCGCUGUUCGUGCUGUGCGCGCUCGCGUUCGGGAGCGGCGGUGGCGACAUCGUCCUCUUCGGCAGCGGGUACAACAGCACCGCGGAGGGCUGGCUCGAGCACAUGAAGGAGCAGGCGAUGGGCAGCGCGUCUAGCUCGGGCUCCUCGGAGUGCCCGGCGCAGCAGACCAUCAUCUCGCUCACCCUGAUUGCCUGCGUGGUCCUCUCCGUCCUCUCAUGCUCCAAGAUUGCGCCUCACGGCACCCUGCUCACCUCCGCGGCGGUCACCGCCUACGCCACCUUCCUCUGCUACUCAGCCCUCGCGUCACACCCGGACGACGGCUGCAACCCCUUCUCGCACCGCCGCCACUCUGCGCUCGACAUCGUUGUCGGGCUGCUCGUCGCGCUCGCGGGCACGGCGUGGAACGCGACGAGCACCAAGAAUCAGGUCAUCGGCUCCGACUCCGCUUCGCCCAACGAGCAGCCCCUCGACCCGAACGCGGAGAAGGAGGCGCCGGCGUACGACGAGAUGGAGGAGGAGUCGUGGUGGUACUACCACCUGAUGAUGGCGACGUGCGCGCUCUACCUCUCCAUGCUCCUCACGGGCUGGUCGACCGAGCCCGCGUACAUCGACGGCGUGCCGACGGCCGUCGGCACGAUCGACACGUACGACGCGGCGUCCUACUCGGUCGGGCUGCCCUCCUUUUGGGUCAAGGUCGUGUCGCAGUGGAUCUGCUUGCUGCUCUACUCGUGGACGCUGCUCGCGCCGUACUUGCUGCGCGACCACCGCGACUUUGGCAUCGAUCGCGUCACUGUGCUCUUUGCGCAGCUUCCGGCCUUUGGCGCGGCGGCGCUCGACCGGCGCAUCCUAGCCGGCACGCCGCUGGCGGUGGCGCGUUACGCCUACUCGUCGCCAGCGGCUCUGCCGCUCGCCGGACUCUCCGCCGCCGCCCUCGCGCUCGCGGCGGCCGUCGACGAGGCGACGGGCGCGGUUGCGGGCGUCUCGGACGGCGCUGUGACGGCGCUCGCGGCGGUGGUGCUCGGGCGGGCGGGCUUCAUCGCUCUAAUCGAGGAGCGCAACCAGGUGCUGGCGGGCAACAUACGCGAGGCGUGCUUGCAGCCGCCGCAGCAUCUGCGCGGCGGCGGCGAGGCUGAGGACGCCGCGGGUGCUGGCGCCGCGGUCGUGGCGGUGCUGGGCAUGGCGCACUUGGAGGGAGUCCGAGCGGCGCUGCUGGUUGAGCAGUAA